AGAAACAAAUUUUACUUGAACGCAUAACAGGUGAAGUGUGUUGUACAAAUAGAAAAAAAGAUAUCAUCAAGUGAAUAUAUCGUGUAUGAAUUGUGUGUAUGAGAUUACGUUCGGUAUUUGGAUUUUAUUCAUCUUUGAUUUAAAUUGAGGCAAACAAGAGUGUUUUGUCAUCAUGACAUUAACCGGUGCAUUAAUUUUAGUGAUAAAUCUGGUGUUUGUAUUGUGCAUUGGUGAUUUGUAUGCAUAUGAAUUAUUUCGACCAAUGCGUGCUGCGACGGGACGUGGAAUGUCGCAUGUCGUUCCAAUUCGUUCUUUGGAUCAAUCGACAAUGCGUCGAUUAACUCGUAGACCAAUCGAAAUAAAUCCGGAUUCGGAGUCCAUUUUUCUACCAUCGCAUCAGGCAAAACAGCGACCAUUGCAAAUAAUGGAACGCAUUUCAGUUCCAGUUGAUGCAAAUCAUAAUUUUCCACGCAAGAAAAAAGAAAAUUUUAACGUUUUAAAUUUUGAAGCAUAUGUAAUGAAACCAUCAAUGAAUGAGGCCACCAUAAAACCGGUGACCGAACGUAUUUUACAUUUAAAUUAUCAUAACGAUGACGAUCGAGAUGAUGCUAGACCAAGUCCGAGUAGCCAUCACAAAUAUCGUUCACGACCCGUGCCAAAGAAGCCAAAGAAAAGUAUUCACAUGUCACAUGCCAAAGAGUAUGACGAUUUAGAAUUUUAUCGUGCAUUUUUAGAGCAUCAAAAGCAUGCAGCGAUGGUAAAACGAUUGAAACCAAAACCCGAACAAAACUCUCGUUUGCCCAUUGGCAUCGAUUAUUUUGAAAAUAAAAAUAAAAAUAAAAUGUUUCCGCCGAUAACGUAUUCACCACUUUAUUUAAGUAAUUUACAUCGUUCACAUGCAUAUGAAGAUGUUGAAGCAUCAAAUGUACAACAAGUUAAAAUGCGACAUCCAGAUAUGAUGAAAAAGGAAGUGAUGACAAGUAUGCAACAGCAUCAGCAACACCAUCAGCAACACCAUCACCAACACCAACUAACAACACUAAUUCCGGAUGCAUUAAGCACCAUGAAUAUGCCAAUGGAAAAUGAAAAACAAGUAACUGAAACGAUGCCACCACCCGAAAUUUCAAUAUCAAACGAACCAGAUAGAUUUAACAGUUUAGCAUCGGAACCAGAUAGAUAUCUUAGUUUAGCCUCCGAACCGGAUCAUUUUCAUGGCUUAGCAUCGGAACCGGAAAUGUAUAAAUUUACAAUUGAUGAUGUUGUUGUGAAACCACAUGCUGUUGGUGUUGUUAAUAAUCCAUUCACGGGUCCCGUAACAUUAUCACCGCCACCAAUGCAAUAUCAAAAUACACCAAACUCGAAUUUUAUGCGACAAGAUCGUAUGCCACCUGCAGGUCCAAACACUAUACAUGACAAGCGUUUUGAUUCGAGUCUUCAAACACAAUUGAAUUAUCCACCAAAAAUGUAUGCACGCACUGGACAACGUCGAUUUGAAUCAACAUCAUUCAAAAAUGUACCAAUCGAAACAUCAGUGGCGGAGUCAUCACCACAACAACAAGUUCAAAAAUAUUCCAUUGAUCCAAUUAUAAUGACCACACAAAUGACAUUCGCCACAGAUGGUGAGCAGAACGAUGCACCAGUGAAAGCAGUCCAUGAAAUCGAUUCGAAGCGUAUCGAAAAUAAACGGGGCAAAAAACGUCGCUUAAAUGGCGAACGACCUAAACCAGAAUAUACACGAAAGGUCAAUCAUCAAAAUGACUAUCAGAAUAAUUUGGAAUUUUCGAGUUCGUAUUCAAAGCGACGAACUCAAGGUUACAAUAGCGAAGAAGAGACAGCAACAACACCAAUUACACCCAUCAAAUUGAAAAAUAACAAAACUGAACCAAAACAAUCCGAAACAUUUACAACCGAUACUCCGACGAAAAGCGAAAAGGUCAAAUAUUUUCAAGACACUUUAACGGAACAAUUAACACCGCAUGAAAUUGAUACGGGUCAUUUAAGUGAAAAUCCAGACGGUUGGGAAGAGCGCUACGAACGAAAAAAUCUCAAAUCGCAACGCUUUCAGGGCAAAAUGAAAUGGGGUGACCGAAAGGGAAACUUCGGUGAACACUAUUACGAUUUGAACCAUCAUCGCAAUACGAAAGAGUCAAAUAACACUAGAUAAUUAUGUAGCAUUACAAUUGAAUUUGAACCAAAAAGAAAAUGACAACCUAUUUAUUAUUUACGCUUUACUUAGCACUUUUCGCGAAACGAACUGUUUUUUUUACUGCUCACAACGUUGGUAUUUCGGAUAUUAAAUUGUUAGACGCUAUGUAUAAGAUGUACCAAUUGAAUAAAUGAUGAAUUGAAAUGGAAAAUAUAAUUACUAC